GUUUCUCAAAGGUGGUCUCUUGGGAAUGCCGCCCGCUGCCUUGCGCAUGCCGGUCAUGUUUCUAUCCUCUUCCUUUCCUUCUUCUCAUUGCCUCUCUCUCUGCCAUCUACGUAAAGUCAAUCUUGCAUUUGCAUUACAUCUGCACGCCGUCUCAACCCAGUUGAUCCUUGCCUGCUUAUUGCUUCUUUUCCCGCACCGCCUGUUCCUGCGAGCCAUUUCCCGCAGAAGUCGUUGCUUUGCCUGAGACGUCUUUAGUCUUGGAAACAGAGAUACAUACUAUCGAUUGCAUUGCUGUUACCCACACUCAGCGCGCGCACCCACCCACCCAUACACAUACAUACAUAUCAAAAGAAAAGACCAUCACCAUGCUGUCGAGCUUGACAACCAAGAUCGCCCUGAGGAAGGUGGGCCUGAACAGCAAGAGCUUCGACUUUAGCGGCGUCGGCGGCGGUUCGACAGACGCGAAGAGCAGCAAGAAGGGGUCCAACGCGGGCCUCGACGACGACGCGGCGGACGGGAACGCGGGGGCCUGGCCGGCGUGGAUGUCGAUGAAGUCGCUGCCCAUCACCGUCGCGCCGUGGUUCUCCCCGCCGCCCCCGCCGGUCCCCAUCGGCGAGGUCCCGAAGAUUGGUGAACUCGCUCCGCUGGACCGCGAUAGGCAGCUCGAGUUUGGCCGUGGCCGCCCCGUCCUCGUCGUCUUUUUACGCUGCGUUGGUUGUGCUUUCGCCCAAAAGACCUUCCUUGCUCUACGGGACCUGGCCAACAAGCACGCCCGCACCCUGACCUGCAUAGCCGUCUCCCACUCCUCCCAGGCCGCGACCAACAAGUGGAUCGACAUGCUCGGCGGCGCCUGGAACGUACAAAUCGUCGUCGACGAGGACCGCGCCAUCUACGCCGCCUGGGGCCUGGGCCUGGGCAACGUGUGGUACGUCUUCAACCCAACGAGCCAGGUCCAGGGGUGGAAGGAGAAAGGGUGGUUGGGGGAGAAGGUGGCCGGGGCGAUUCAGAGGACGGGCGGUGCUUCUGCUGAAAAUGCUGCUUUUGCUGCUGCGAAUUCGAGGAAGCAGCCCCCGCCGAUGGAGAGACGGGGCACGGGGAUGAGCGGUGCUUCAGCUGUGAGCAUUAGCGGUGGGGAGGACGGGGAGGGAGGGGCGAGCACCGUUAUGGGGAAUAAGUGGCAGACUGCUGGGGCGUUUGCUGUUGAUGGGCGGGGGACUGUUGUUUGGGGUGGCAAGGCUUUGAGGGCUGAUGAUCCUAUGGAUUUGGAGAUGGGGGUUAAGGUCUUGGGGGUGUAG